AUGUUCAGAUAUCCACGAUUUAUUUAAUCGGAGGCAAAAUCAAACAUAGGUUCACUACAUUUACCAACAGUUUUUAAAAAUUGGACGUUUGAACAUCUCCCAAUGGGCUAUUAAAUCGGAUUAUACGUAUCUCAAAGGCACCCCACACUUUAAAUGCCAGAAGGGCAUUCCUCUCUUUCCCUAUAUAAAAAUAUUUUUUUAAAAAUACUAGGCCAUUAAAAAAGAGACUCUCUAAAAAAAAAAUAAAUAACAUUAAACAUAUGUCAAAUAAAGACAAAAAAAUCUUAAAAAAAACAAAACAAAUAAAUCUAAGCCGCAUAAAGGCAAAAACAUUAAAAAAACAAACCAUCUUAUAAAAAAACACAUAAAACAAACAAACACAUACAAAUAAAUAAAAACAAAACAGAAUUAAAAAACACAAGCAUCUAAACAAACUAAGCAAAGAUAAACAAAACAAAACAAAAGAUAAAAGCAAACCAAAAACUAAACACAAUAGCAAAACAAAUACUAAACAUAAAACAUGAAAAAAUAAAAGCAAAACAAAUCACAAGAUUAUAGCAAAAUGCUAUAUUCAUAAGCAAAACAAAUACUAAAGAAAAUAGCAACAAAUAAAUUAAUCAAUAAAACAAACAAACAAACAAAAUAUUAGAAUGA